AUGGCGCCCAAAUUAGACGGCUAUUUCAAACAAGUAGACAAGUUGUCAGAAACUUUCAUUGACCGCCUCCGCAAAGCCGUUGCCAUUCCUUCGAUCUCAGCAGAUGAUGACCGCCGGCAAGAUGUCGUCAAGAUGUCCGAAUUCCUCGUCUCCGAACUUACAUCCCUAGGCGCACACGUCGAGUCUCGUCCGCUUGGGCCACAACCAGGCAAAAGAGAUCUCGAUCUUCCUCCUGUGAUAGUCGCCCGCCAUGGCUCCUCCCCAGACAAGCGCACAAUCCUUCUCUACGGCCAUUAUGACGUUCAACCUGCCCUGAAAGACGACGGAUGGGCGACCGAGCCAUUUGCCCUGUCCAUAGACGAUAAAGGACGAAUGUAUGGCCGUGGCAGCACAGACGACAAAGGCCCAGUGCUUGGUUGGCUGAAUGCAAUACACGCGCACCGAGAAGCUAGAAUAGAGCUACCGGUGAACCUGCUAAUGUGCUUCGAGGGUAUGGAAGAAUAUGGUUCAGAAGGCCUCGACGACUUCAUAGAAAAGGAAGCAAAGCCAGGCGGCUUCUUCGCUGAUGCCGAUGCCGUUUGUAUCAGUGACAAUUACUGGUUGGGGACCGAAAAGCCAUGUCUUACAUAUGGCCUGCGAGGCUGCAACUACUACAGCGUGGCGAUCAGCGGGCCUGGACAAGAUCUUCACAGCGGAGUAUUCGGCGGGUCUGCGCAGGAACCGAUGACGGAUCUCAUGCGCGUGCUUGGUAGCCUGGUAGAUACGAACGGCAAGAUUAAGAUCCCGGGCAUUAAUGAGAUGGUCGCCCCCCUCAGUGAGGAGGAGAAGAGCAUCUACGGCGGCAUAUCCUACACCAUAGACAACCUUCACGAAUCCAUAGGUAGUACUACGGGCAUCUAUGAGGACAAAGAGAACACCCUCAUGGCACGCUGGCGGUAUCCUUCCCUCAGCGUCCACGGCAUCGAGGGCGCCUUCUCAGCCGGCGGGGCAAAGACCGUCAUCCCUGCCAAAGUGAUAGGGAAGUUUUCAAUUCGCACCGUGCCGGAUAUGGAGAGCGGCAAAGUGGACGAAUGCGUCUUCAAACACGUCAAGGAGGUCUUUGCUGCUCUAACCUCGAAAAAUACGUUGGAUGUACAGCUCAUGCAUGCGGGCAAUUGGUGGGUAGCGUCCCCAAAGCACUGGAACUAUACGGCCGCUGCGAAGGCCGUGGAAGCAGUAUUCCAUACGAAGCCGGACCUGACAAGGGAAGGAGGAAGUAUCCCUGUGACAUUGACAUUUGAGAAGGCGACGGGGAAGAAUUGUUUAUUGCUACCGAUGGGCAGUUCGACGGAUGCAGCGCAUAGUAUAAAUGAGAAAUUGGAUCGGAGGAACUAUAUUGAGGGGACCAAGUUGUUGGGGUCAUAUUUGCAUUACGUGGCUGCUGAAGAGCUGGGUGGGUAG